CCCGGCCUGGAUUUGGUCUGCAUUCGUCCAAAUACUUCUUUUGGAAAGUGCCAAGUGGAUGACACGAACACGAGAUCAUGCGUUCUUCCAGAUUCACCACCGUGAGAUUUGUGCCACAGCUUGAUUCCAAAGCAACGCAAGUCGAGAGGGAACUUGAGAUCGCAAACCAAAAAUCACAUGCUGCGAGAUGGUCCCAUGAAAAGCGCAAGAAGAGGAAGCAGGAGCAAAAAGAACAUUUGCUAAAUGAAGCACAAGGUCAUUACGCAAGCGUCAACAAUAGGCAUUUGACGGAUCAGCAACAGGAUAUACGUGGGCCCGGUCGCUUAGUAUUCUACAGAGCAGACCACCUUUUGCAACGAUGGGACCUUCACACCGCCCGAGACGACAGCCCGAGUCUGCUGGAAAUUCUACCUGGUGGUAACUCGGACCCCUUCAAUGCUCAGGCUCUCCAGAUCACUCCUCAGGUCAACAAACUCAUCACCUUCAUAAGAGAUGGCUAUCUGCCUGGGGUUUAUAUCACUUCUUACAUGAGGUUCAAAGACGCUCCGCGUGGAGCUCCGAUGCUCACCACGAUCGGCGAGGGAUUUCACGUCUUCGCUCGACGUACCGUGGCAAAAGUGUGGAAUUCUAUGAAGGAAGAAUUCUCAGAUGAGGGACGGGCGCUGUCGUGGUGUUCCAGCUACAUGCCAGUUCUGGCAAAGUUCUCCUCGCCAGACACCGCUCGUGAUCUGCAUUUUCUUGCCAUCAAGAUGCGGACGAAGAGCAUGAAGAUUCUGAAAACCAGAAUCGAGAAGCUAUCGCUUGACAUCCCGCCGGAUAUAUCGUUGGUCUCACAGAUUGUCUCGCUCUUUCGGGCAGCCUGCAAGGAGAACGACAUCCCCGCGGCAAAGAUUCAUGCGAAUAUCAUACAACGUCUGGUUGACAGGGUCGAGACUCCGGAUCUCCAUAUUCGAACCUUGUUCAUGACUUGCAUGAACAAUGACACGGAGUUGGCUAUAGCCCAAAUGCGAAACACGUUCUUCGAUUUUGAGAACUGGGUGCAGAAGCAGAUUGCUCGAUUUUGGGUGGAAACGCCAGAGACACACAUGCCUCAGUUGCCGGCUGAAUACAAGGCGCUGCACAGCAGUGUGCGACUGCAUGCCACUCGCCAGGCAUCUAUCAGGCUUCGUCAGUACUUAUUCGUCCGAUCGACGACUGUCGAUUUAAAUGAUCCAGAAGACCUCAAUCGCACUGACGCGGUCUACACGAUCUUCACAACGUACUCUCAGUACGAUUCUGGGGCCUUGAUCAAUGCCUACAUUAAUCUCAUCGCCGGCAAGGGCUACAAAAUGAAGGAGUCUCUUCGUUAUAUCGAAGCAUCGCUGGCACUUACAACAUUGCACAUAUUGCGACGAGGGAUCUUCGAAGCCACCGUCUACGGCUGUGACCACCGGACUAGCCACCACAUGAUCACCAUAAAUCAUCUCGAGGGCACGAUGCAAAAAGCUUUGAGUAUAGCAACAACAGAUGAACUGGCCCGAUAUCGCGAGGCUCUGUUGUGGGUCUUCUUCUAUGGUGCAAGGUUCGAGUGGCGUGUAAAUGAAAAGAUCAAAGACAUUAUGCCACCAAGAACCUGGUUUACCAAGAUGUUCGCGCGACAGGCAGAGAUCCUGGAGCUGACUGAGUGGCCUCAGGCACGAGACACCCUCAGCCAUUUCGUGUUCUACGAGUUCUUAGAGCCAUAUCUGGCCACAUGGUUCGCAGAGACGUUGGCCGGCAACGAGCCGCCUCAAUGA